AUGCGACUAACAGAAUUUAACUUGACAUCUACCUCAUUAUAUUCGCCACCAACGACCCACUUGGGAUUCAUCAGCCAUCAACUGUAUGAGUUCAUACACAGGCUGUGUGGUCAAGUCGUCACCACGAUUAUCUGUGUCGUCGGCAUUUUCACCAACAUCGUCAACUGUCUCGUCUUCUAUCGUCAGGGCCUGCGAGACCGAAUGAACCUCUGCCUCUUCUCUCUGGCGCUCAUCGAUCUUUAUCUCUUGCUUUGCAUCUUCGCGACUUUUUCUGUUAGUUCUUUUAUCGAGCAGUUGGACGAGUCAGUCGGAGAGGAAUAUUUAAUUCGUGUGACGGCGGGUAUGUCGGGUAUAAUUUACGCUUUUCGCGCUGCCUCGGGUCUUAUCACUGCUCUGAUCGCGUUGGAACGCUGCGCAUGCGUGAUGCUACCUCUCAGGGCAACUUCCCUUAUCAGCACUCGCAGCACGGCAGUGGUCCUAACCUCGGGGGUUGUAGUCCUGCAGGUAGGUUUCCUAGUCGUGCCGUUAGAGGCGGAUGUUGCGCUCAUUGAUGAGAAUGAGACUGAGAGAGAGUGGCAUUUGGUCCCCACGACAACAGCCGAGAAAAGCCAACUGGUGUCGGAAGCUGUCGUCUUCUCAUUAUUGAAUAUCUCUCUCCCCAUCCUCACGUUUGUCGUCGUGUCGCUGGCCACCGCCCUCACCGUCACCCGCCUCCAAACGGCCAUCAAGUGGCGUCAGACGUCCAGCUCCUCCACAUGCGACAACGGCCGCCGACAGGUGGCGCUGACUAAGAUGCUCGUGCUCGUCUCGUGCAUGUACAUCGUCACCAUGGUACCCGUCGUCACCAUCAUCGUGUGUCGUCUGUUGGUGGUGGACUUUUCGCCGUACGGUCAUCACCACACCCUCUACCUGACGUGCAGCACGCUCGCCGACCAGCUUCCCCUCGUCAACUGCGCCUUCAACUUCGUCGUGUACUGUACCCAGUCCUCCCGCUAUCGCGCCUACCUCCGCCAACUGCUGUCUUGCCUUUUGAAAAAUGGAAACCAGUUUCCGGUCUUUUCAAUAACAAACUCUCUGACAUGUCUCUAUUGA